UCUGCAGGAGUCAUGAAAAGUUAGGCCUUGUGUGGAUGGAAUUUGGGUGGAGAGAAGGAGACAAUCCAGAGAGUGAGGAAGUCUAUGGGAGCCAAGGUUCAGAGUUAAAAUAAAGCAAAGACUCUGGGGAAGUGGAUGAGAGGACGGAAGGCUGCUAGAAUGGGUGAUUGCCCACAGUCAGUAUCAAAAAUCCAAAAGAAUCUCCAUCUUUCUGAGCAUGCAAGAUGAAAUCGAGACCGAAGAGAUUAUCAAGGACAUUUUCCGACAAGGCAAAACCUGCUUUAUCCCGCGGUACCAGUUCCAGAGCAGUCACAUGGAUAUGGUGAGGUUAGCAUCGCCCGAGGAAAUCUCUUCACUUCCCAGAACAUCCUGGAAUAUUCCUCAGCCUGGUGAGGAUGAGGUUCGGGAGGAGGCCUUGUCAACAGGGGGACUUGAUCUCAUCUUCAUGCCGGGUCUUGGGUUUGACAACCAUGGCAACCGUUUGGGGCGGGGCAAGGGCUACUACGACACCUACCUGAAGCGCUGUCUGCAGUCCCAGGAUGGGAAGCCCUACACCCUGGCCUUGGCUUUCAGAGAACAGAUUUGUCCCCAGGUCCCAGUGGAUGAAAAUGACGUGAAAGUAGAUGAAGUCCUUUACGAAGACUCCUCAGCACCUUAAGUCCUGAUGACGGCAGCCAAAUAAUCAAUGUUUUGCACCAGAGAAAAGCAGAAUACAUGUAUUUUCUCUUGUGAGAAAUGAGUGGAAAUUGCACACGAAUGUGAAUACGGGCCGUGUUGUUCUUGAUGUAAUUAUAAGAUACCUACUGUGAAACAAUUUUUAAAAGUCAACAGCAGUGUGAGUAAUAGAACAUUGAUUAAAAUGGGGGCUAUCACCAUAUGAUUUUCAGCUUGAUUUCCUGUAUUAAUGUCACAGGUUGCUCUUCCUGCUUUGCAGUUUACGUUAAAUAUUCAUGAGGAACUGUGCUCCAACUCAGAGUGUGAGAGGAAAGUAAACUCGCUGGGAGGGGACACUUUCACUAAGCCGUCAUGGGCCCGGUCAGUCUGGCAGGCACAUGGAGACUCAGCAGUUAUUAAACAUUCAUUGGUGUUUGCUUUGUGUACAGAGUUCCCCAAGAAUAUUAAACUGUUUCAUCGUGGCUUCAUUUACUCAACCUGGAACUUUAUGUCUGACACUUUGUAGUUUUUGAUGGUUAAUGGGCUAAAACCUUUUAUGAUUUAAAUAUUUUAAUUCAGCUGAUUUCUUCCCAUCUCUGCUGUUCUGUGUGCCAGCCACGUAUGAGUUUAAGAUCUGAUAUCCUGUAAUUUAGAAAUUAUUUCUGUUUAUCGGUGGUGUCUGCUUUGGAAAUGAAAUUUGGGCUGAAAGCUGGCAGAUGGCAUCACAGCUAGGGAACGGUAAUUUUGUGAGGGGAAGAUCUGGUUACAGUUGGAGACCCAGGAGUCCGCCUGGAUGCUGCUCUCUCACCCGCACCCCACACCCUGCCUGUCACCAGGUCCCGUUGAUUCUGCUUCCGAAAUGCCUCGCACAUCUGUUCUCUCCUCUCCUCGUCCUGUUGUUCCUUUUGUCCAGCCUCUCAGCAUUUCUAAGCUAAACUGGGCAAGAGCCUCAUCCCUGGCUUCGCUUGCCUUCAGCCUGGUCCUGUUCGAUUUAUUUCUCAAACUGCAGUCAAAGUGAUCUUAAAAAACAUGAACCUGAUCACGAGGUACCCCUGAUUGGAGUCUUUCAGUGUCUGUGCAGCGCCUGCUGGGGGACUACCACAGGCCUUCUGCUGGGGUACUGAGCCCCUUAAGCAAGGUCUCCUACCUGUCUUUUUCUAGCCUCUGCUCUCCCCAUGUUCUCCCACUGUACCAUGUACGCAGACAUUCCUCUGGCUCCCUGGGCCCUACGGGCUGCUUCUGCCCUUCGUGCCUUGUAAGUGUGCUUUUUCUCUGGCUGUAGUGCCCUUUCCUCUUUUAUUCACCUGGAAAACUCCUGUUUAUCCUCCAAGACUCAGCUCCGGUGUCACCUCUUCUGUGAAGUCUUCCUCUGUUCCCAGGCAGAGUUAGUGUUCCUUCACUUGUUUAUAGAUGGCCCUGGCCAUCGUCCUCCGUAUCACGUCGUCCUACACGUCGAUUACUAGUUGUCGUGUCUACCCCUUCAUCAGACUGUGAGCUCCAGAGAGCAGGGGUAAUCUUUAUAUUCUCACACUCGCUCGACACCUAGACCUAUAGUGGGUGUUUGAGAACUUUUUUGAAUGAGUUAGUUGAAUACAUUCAUAUAUGUUUCAUUUGAAACAUGGAUACAUAUUCUUUGGAUAAUAGCAUAUGAUUUGAUGUUUUAUGCACAAAAGUAAAAACACUUAAAAAAAGUAGAUGGGGCUAAAAUUGAACUUUCACGGUAUAGUAUAUACAUUGAGCGAUGGGAGGGAAACAAUAUCUGCAAGCUGUAAAAUCACAUUACUGUACUGGUUAGAAAUCAUAAGGGUCACUUCAUUCUUAAUAAAGUUAGCGUGAAUGUUAAUGAAGCUGACAUGACUGUUGGUCUGAAAUGGUUAAACAAAAUUCCUGAACUGCUGCAGGUUGGAAACUUUAGCACUGAGAACUCAGUCUCUGUUGUUAUUCUAUGAAAGGAGAGCAUUUAAAAACCACUUCCUAGCUCCUCAGGUGCAGACAGAACAUAGAAUCAGCUGGCCAGAAGACCCACGGUGCUGAGACUCAGGAAAGUCAGAAGGCUGCAGGGUCUCUCACCGGGAAAGAGGACCGUUCCCUAGUGUCUAGCAAUGGGCAGUGGUCACUGUGCAGAGGGUAUGGGAAAGGGGAGAGAACCCUGACAAUGCAGGUGAUGAUGACAUUGUAACGGAUCAGGGCACAGUUAGAGGCUGAGGACAAGGCCUUGAACCAAGAAGGAGAGCCAGCAUGAACCCGGAAUGAUGAAGGUCUCAGGCCAGGGGACAGUCUAGGCAGAAGAGAAAUAGCAACUUGAUCUGAGCAAAACAAUUGUUAGUAUUGAGUAAUGGAAAUAUAUGUAAGUCUGUGAUUGCUGCCUGUUCUAUAGAACUGUGCUUAAUUUAACCAGAAAGUAACCUGUAUUGCCUUAGCUUAUCUAACUGGUACCAGUAAGAACAGUACACUAAUCACAGAGUCCUACUAAGUAAGAGACUGGUAAAGAUGUCUAGGCAUGGCUGGCUUGAUACAGCAGCUUAUUCGUUCCUGGCCUCAGAUUUUUUUUUUCUUUUUCUUUUAGAGAUCAUUGAAAUUCUCCCCAAAGGCAGAUUUUCUGGCUUACACCACUACCUACCACCAUCCUUAGUGCAAAAUAAAUAGCCAAUAAAUUCUUGAUGAAGGAAUAAACCAGUGUGCUUGUUGCCUGUCUGUGGUGCAUUUGCCGGUUUUUAUGUUGUCUGCUAUUUGCUGCUGAGACUCUGUCCUUUCAGCGUUGUCCCAGGGUUGGAUUAUUCUGGAACACAUUUCCUAUUACUGCAGUUGCAUUGCCCUCCACGACCAGCCCGUAUGUGUGUGUCACAUCAUCUGUGCUCUUGGGCCUUGUUAGUGCUUUUCUUUUUUGCAUCUUUGUGGUCACCUUUCCUCCUGAUGCUCUUAGGCCUCCUGCUCUUUAAGGGAGAUCUCUAAUCCCUGCGAGCCCCUGCCCCCAAAAUGUGUUUAUUUAUAUGCUUAAAAAUUAGUGGCAAACUUCUUUUUAAAAAUAAUAUCCUAUGCACAUUAGGAAACAUACACAUAAAAGAAAAAGAUGAGAUUAGUGAAACAUACAUUAUGUAUAAUUUAUAAUAUAAGGUACCUAAUUUUGGAAAAGGAGAGCAACAUGAUGGAAACUUUUUGGAAAUUUACUGUUUUUUAAAACCUUAUUUUAAGUCUUUUUGGAUAAUUCAGAAGUCUGGUUCUAAUUUCAGUUUAUUUCAGUAUUUGGUUUCAAGGGCUUUUAUAGCUGAAAAAGAGACCCUUCAGCAAUAAGCAGAUCCUUGUGGAAGCAGUACUGUACUUACUGAAAUUUUCAGUGCUAUCUAUCAGUUUUGCAAAGUUUUUUUUUUAAAUUGAAAUCAGAUUGGUAAAUAUCCGUUUUAUUGAUGUGGAUCAUUCUUGCAUAUUAAUCAGAAGAUGCUACUACGCAUUUGUUAGCAAAUGGGUUCAAAACUUAUUGAAAUUCCUUGAAAGAUUUUAAACCUAGUUAGAAAAAUUCUGCUUCCAAGUUUUUCAGUUGUUUACACAUGACAGUGUUUAUAGGUGCCAUGCAUAGUUUCGGGCAACAUAAUCAUAUAAUGAUGAAAAUAUUUCCAAAUAAAUAUCUUCAGUACGCCUUCUCUGUA